GGUUAGAAAUCGCGUAUUAAAAAGCAAUGAAAAAUUAAAUAACGCACACGCGGCUGGUAAAGAUAUUGAUGAAAUAAGGGACCAAGGAUUUACAAGACCAAAAGUAUUAAUCUUAUUACCAUUUCGUAAUUCUGCCAUGGAUUUAGUAGAAAUAUUGAUAAAAUUAUCGGGGACGGAUCAACAAGAAAAUCGAAAACGAUUUUUUGAAUCAUUUGGAAUAACGUCUGAACAAGAAAAAAUUGAUCCAAAGAAACCAG